CUCGGGUUGGUCUACCGAGACACUGCGAGUUGAGUGGCUCGUAGAGAACGGAUUUACUAGGUCCGAUAAAGGUGAUUGACAGGUGUGUCUAGCCGUGUGGAACAGGGAGACUUGGAUCAGGUUUGUGACUAUGAAAAUAGCAUAUCCAGACAUCACUUGACAUCUGCUGAGCGCACCAACUGACCAACCACCAUGAGGGCAAAUCUUCUCCACUUCGGACUAACACUCAUAGUGUUCUAUACGCUAGCGGAAGCCAACAACCGCUUUCACGAAAAACACAAAGCAUAUUACAAGACACCAAGACAUCGGCGAAAUAAAAGUGAAAAGCCUAAUAUAGUUAUUGUGCUUACAGACGAUCAGGACCUGUUAUUAGGAUCGCUAGAUGUCAUGCCGAAAUUAAAUCGGCUGAUACGAAAUCAAGGUGCAUUUUUUAAUUAUUCAUUUUCAUCGACACCCAUGUGUUGCCCGUCACGGAGUUCUAUAUUGACAGGCAUGUACACACACAAUCACAAUGUGUACACAAACAAUGACAACUGUUCCUCUAUACAGUGGCAACAGACCCAUGAAACAAGGACCUUUGCUACCUACCUUAAUGACAGAGGCUAUCGAACAGGGUAUUUUGGAAAGUAUUUAAAUGAGUACAAUGGAACAUACAUCCCGCCAGGCUGGAGAGAAUGGGUUGGACUCAUUCGGAAUUCCCGCUACUACAAUUAUUCAAUCAACUUCAAUGGGAGGAAAAUCAAACAUCAAGAUAAUUAUUACAGUGACUAUCUAACAGAUCUCAUAGCUAAUGACAGUGUAACAUUCCUUAAACAAAGCAAGCAGUAUUACCCAACCAGGCCAGUGCUGAUGGUGUUGAGUGUGCCAGCCCCUCAUGGACCUGAAGAUGCUGCCCCACAGUACCAACACAUGUUCAAAAACAACACUGACCACAGGACACCAAGCUGGAACUUCGCUCCAAACCCAGACAAACAAUGGCUGCUGCAGUACACAGCGUCCAUGACGCCGCUGUAUCGCCACUUCACCGACAUGCUGCAGAGGAAGCGGCUACAGACGUUGCAGUCAGUGGACGACCUUGUGGAGAAGGUUUACAAUGAGCUGAAGAUGCUCGGAGAGCUUGACAACACCUACAUCAUCUACACCUCCGACCACGGCUACCAUCUGGGACAGUACGGCCUUGUCAAGGGCAAGGCCAUGCCAUACGACUUCGACAUCCGGAUCCCCAUGCUGAUGAGGGGACCUGGUAUCAUGCCGAGGACAGUGAUCAACAAUCCUGUAGCUACCGUGGACCUGGCCCCGACAAUCCUGGACAUGGCAGGGGUGGAACAACCGGAGCAGAUGGAUGGUCGGUCCAUGCUUCGUCUUCUCAAGCUGGCCAAAGAUCAGGACGUGAAUGGAGGCUUUGUCCCCAUGAAGAGGCCAUGGAGGGACACCAUCCUCAUAGAAAGGGGGAAGGUGACGAAGAAGCAGAUGACGAUGUUGAUCCGUGAGGAAAAGAAGGACUUCUGGUCCGGCUACACGAAGGACAAGGAGCAGUACCAUUACUAUCUGAAUGGCCGUCUACGUAAACUGCGAGACUGUUCCAAGCCAGACUUCCAGCAGCCAUGUAAAGCCAAUCAGGUCAGAAAUGGUACUGUGAGCAGACCCCGAGUGGGAUCCCCCGGAAACACAAGUGUCGUGGUGAGAACCAGGUACAGAGCGACCAGGCGUUCGGGGUGUAAUUGUGCUGGCCGCAAGAAGAAGAUGAAGCAGGAGAGAAAGAAUCAGCGCCGAUUCCUCAAAGCACAUCUUAAUAAACCGUACCGUCCAAAGUUCCUGCGGUCCAAAAGAUCUGUGACUGACCUCUAUACAAUGAACAAUUCACCAGCACUUGAUCUUCAGAGUACAAUAGGUUUUGAGCUGUUUGACCGCCGAUGUCGCAUGUUGGACAAUGGCACAAUAUCUUGUGACCAGGAGCUGUACCAGGAUCCAGGGGCAUUGCAAGACCACAAGGAGAAGAUUGAAGAGAUGAUCAAAGAGUACCGCAAGGCAUUAGAAGAUCUCAGGGUGAUCCGUCGCCACCUCAAGCAGCAGCGCCCUGAUGACCUGAGUAUGUUUGACCUGAACAUGAGUGGCCCUCUGCUGUCGGAGACAAUCAAUAUGGAGGAAGACUGUGACUGUGAGGAUGACGUCAUAUCAAGUUCCAAGACUUCAGGACGCUUUAAUCAGAAAGAUGAUCGUUCCUGGAAGAAGCUGAAGAAGCGGAAGCGCCAGAGGAAGAGGAAGAAGAAUGUGAACUGUAACUCCCCCAACAUGAAGUGCUUCACCCAUGACAAUAAUCACUGGCAGACACCCCCAAAGUGGAAUUCUCAGCGCAAAUGGAAACGAUUUAAUCACGAAACCUGUAGGAAAGAAGGAAUGGAGUGUACGUUGAUGGACACUCAUCACUGGAAAACAGCACCGUUCUGGAAAUUGGGUCCGUUCUGCUUCUGCCCCAACGCCAACAACAACACCUACUGGUGUCUCCGCACUGUCAACAUGACUCACAACUUCCUCUACUGCGAGUUCAUCACACGCUUCUUCAGUUUCUAUGAUUUCAACAAGGAUCCACAUCAGCUUGAAAACUCUGUGGCAAAACUGAACUUUGGGGUGCUACAACAACUCCAUGAAGACCUGGCACAGCUGAAAUCAUGUUCUGGUAGAAAUUGUGACAACCGCAGUCGCAAAGGCGGUAGUGAUGGCAAGGCUCAUGAGUUGUGGGGCUCUGGCGAUGGAGACACAACCAGUCAGAAGCCCGGACCAGUCGACCAGACAGAGGCUGCGGAGCAGUAUCAGGAGUGACGUGACACAGGUGUCAUCUAGACGCAGAGACGAGUACUUUGACGCCUAGCUGCUAUGGUUGUCGUAUGCACAAGAUCAAAUGAACUCCUGUCUGUAUUUCAGUCGACAAAUGCAGUGGUGCUUGUAUCAAAUAAACAAUAAUGGUGGAGUGUAAUAAUGAUUUGAUGUAUCACAAGACCCGUCAUCCUUGUAGCUGAAGUUGUCGGACAGCGUGAACUUGAUACAUUGUGAAUGAACGCCAGACAAACCUUUCAAUGCAUCAUCAUGCCUGUGAUCGACAUUGUCCCACCCAGGAACCUGGAGCUUAGCCAUUUCUACAAGGUCAACGUUCUUGCAGUUUCAAAUAUUCUUUUACUGUAAUUUAAAUUUAAUCAAACAAACAUAUGAAUUUA